GGAAGUUUUAGUUUCUUGUGUGUCCGCCCCCCCCUCUCUCACUCUCUCUCUCUCUUCAUUUCCUGAAUCCCGCGGCUCGAAUUUUCGGCCACUUGGGAAACAAACGCACAAAGAUGAACUUUUAAAAGAGCUAAUGACGAUUUAAGCCUCCUGACGAUACCGGCCAAUGGGCUGAGUCCGUGGACGGGGGCCAGGAUGAGUGAAGAGGUGCUAUUGGAGGAGAGGCUCAUCAAGCGGUCGCAGCAGAAGAAGAGGACGUCGCCGCAGAACUACAAGGAGAGGCUGUUUGUCCUCACCAGGAGCCGGCUGACGUACUACGAUGGGAAAGCAGAGAAGAAGUUCAGGAGAGGCUGGAUCGAGCUCAGCCGCAUCAGGUGUGUGGAGAUCGUGAAGAACGGAGGAGGGAUCAUCCCCUGCCAGAACAAAUACCCCUUUCAGGUGGUUUACGACGCCUACACUCUGUACGUGUUCGCACCGAGUCACGACAGCAGAAGUCUGUGGGUCCAAAGCCUUAAAGAGGAGAUCAAAGACAACUCAGUGAUCCUGGCAAAGUUCCAUCCUCAGUUCUGGCAGGAGGGGGCGUGGCUCUGCUGUCGUCAGGCAGAAAAGCAGGCGCUGGGCUGUGAGGAGUACAACCUGUUUGGAGACAUUUCUAGAAAACCUUUACCCCCGAUUCCUGGAGAGGAGCGGAAAAACGAGAAGCAGCGUCGGCCGGCUCCGCCCCUCCCUCAGGCUGGUACAGAUGAUGAUGAAGAUGGUGGUGGUGAUGAAGAGGAGGAGGAGAUGGUGGUGGUGGCGUUGUACAGCUUCACGGCCACCGAGCCUCACGACCUGAGUCUGGUGAAAGGAGGCGAGUACGUCAUUCUGGAUCAGUCCGACGUCAACUGGUUCAAAGCACAAAACCAGUACGGCGAGGAAGGCUACAUCCCGAGUAACUACGUCACGGAGAAGGAAUCUGGAAACCUGGAGCAGUUUGUAUGGUACAAUAAACAAGUCAACAGGAACAAAGCAGAGGAGCUGCUAAGGAAGGAAGACAAAGAAGGAGCCUUCAUUGUGAGAGACUCGAGCGCCGCAGGAACCUACACCGUCUCUCUCUACACCAAGUGUGCUGCAGGAGAAGGACACUCAGCUAUAAAACAUUACCACAUCAAGGAGACACAAAGCUCGCCGCCGCUCUUCUACCUGGCGGAGAAACACGUGUUCAGCUCCGUCCCCGACCUCAUCGAUUACCACAAACACAACGCAGCAGGACUCGUUGCCAGGUUGAGGUACCCCGUAAGUAAACAGGACAAGUCUGCUCCGUCCACUGCUGGUUUCAGCUACGAGAAGUGGGAGAUCAACCCCACCGAGCUGACCUUCAUGAAGGAGGUGGGCAGCGGUCAGUUUGGUCUGGUGAGGCUCGGAAAGUGGAGGGCUCAGCACAAAGUGGCCAUCAAGGCCAUCAGAGAGGGAGCCAUGUACGAGGAGGACUUCAUCGAGGAGGCCAAAGUUAUGAUGAAACUGUCCCACCCUAAACUGGUGCAGCUGUACGGCGUGUGCAGCCACCAGAGGCCCAUCUACAUCGUCACCGAGUUCAUGGAGCUGGGCUGUCUGCUGAACUUCCUGAGGCAGCGGCGCGGCAGCUUCAGCGUGGGCUCCCUGCUCAGCAUCUGCCUGGACGUCUGCGAGGGGAUGGAGCACCUGGAGGCCAACGGCUUCAUCCACAGAGACCUGGCUGCUAGAAACUGUCUGGUGAACGACUCUCUGGUGGUGAAGGUGUCCGACUUCGGCAUGGCCAGGUACGUGUUAGACGACCAGUACACCAGCUCAUCGGGUGCUAAGUUCCCCGUGAAGUGGUCGCCUCCUGAAGUCUUCAAUUUCUGCAGAUACAGCAGCAAGUCGGACGUCUGGUCGUACGGUGUGCUGAUGUGGGAGGUGUUCUCAGAGGGUCGCAUGCCGUUUGAACAGAAUAUGAACCAUGAAGUGGUUACCAUGGUAACCAGUGGUCACAGACUCUACCGGCCUAAAUUGGCCUCGCCCGCCAUCUAUGACAUCAUGCAGCUGUGUUGGCAUGAGAGGCAAGACGAGCGUCCGGCGUUCUCUCAGCUCUGCAUGAUGAUCUCUGACAGUCUUGAAGUUGAUGCCCCUCCCUCGAACUGACAAACCGUCCAAUCAAGCUGCUUCCACAAAUCACAGCUCCGUGUCGGGGCCAACAUGGAGAACAAGCUGAUUUGGUACUACCAGUGUCUGGAGAUGGCCAAUGACGUGGGAAGGGUCGACCAAUCACAACAGCUGGAGGUCCACUCAUCCACCAAUCACAGUGCAGCUGGACUGUCUCACAUGGGAUUUGUUUAACAGUUUAUUUUUUGUUGUUUUAAGACUUUGACCCCGACGUGAAGUGAAAGAGAGGAAAACUUUCACCGUGGGAACGUUAGCUCAGAACUUUACCUCCUGAUCCUUCCAGUGAUCUCUUGAACAGCGUCCAUGUUUUCUCUCAGGCAGAUAAUCCCUUUAUCAGAUAUCUGAUGAGCAUUAACAUGUUUUAUGAAGCUUCACUCAGUGUGGUAUUUAAAGAUUCUCACCAGGUCAUCACUCAUUGUCUUUCUUCAAUCGACUGAACCAUCAUAAUUUCAUCAUCACACUUUUUAUAGACAGUAUUUUAUCCCCUCCCCUCCCCCGCUCCUUCAUUCACAGUCAGUAUAAUUAAUGGUUAGAUAUGAAACGACGCUAUACCAUAAGGUACAUAUCAUAACUUUACGAUACAAAACAGUACCUUAUAUUACGAUACGAUACGUUAUAAUAAGUUACGUUAUGUUACGGUACGAUUGAGUUAAUAAUUUAAAAAACAAAUGAAACGAAGUUGAAACAACAACAUGUUUCAUCAAAGUGGAAAUUACUAUUAAAAACAUUUUAAACGCCUCUGUCUGUAAUAUUUCCAUUUUUCAACUCACCUCAUGACUAUUAGCUUAGCAUUAGCAUAGUAUUCAUGUGAUUCCCAGCAUUUUAACCGUCAACAUGUUUAUGACUGAUGCUAAUAUUCAGCGACGCUGGACGUCUCACUCUGCUGCACAAACUCAGAUUUUAUUAAUUUGAAUUAAAAAAAAUGAACUGA